AUGGCAGACGGCUCUUUGCCAAUCGCGGAAGAGAAGCACGCCCAGAGGCCAGGAUUAAAGACGCCGGUCGAGCCUGCAGAUCAGUUUUCAACCCGACCUGACGGCCAAGGUCUCACAGUAACCGCCGGCGCAGCAUAUUUCCGAAUCUUCACCUAUGCUGAGCCAAUACAUAUCGUCCUGGAGGCAGUGGCCUUCCUCGCUGCUUUUGGAUCCGGAGUUGGCCUGGCUCUCGUCAACCUCGUGCUCGGUGAUUUCGUCAGCACAUUGAGUAAUUUCGUCGCAGGCCGAAGUUCAAGAGACGAAUUCCUGGGCGAUGUCACAACAUAUUGCUUAUAUUUCGUCUACAUCGGAAUUGGUAGGCUAUUUCUAACCUACGUGUACACGACCCUUUCGAACUAUUGUGGCUACCAUAUCGUCCGAAACAUUCGACGACAGUAUCUGAAAUCAGCUCUCAGUCAGGAGGUUGCCUUCUACGACCAAGGAACAGCUGGAUCUAUUUCGAUGCAAGCUACGUCAAAUGGGAACCUGAUCCAGUCUGGCAUCGCAGAAAAGCUCGCCCUGCUCGCUCAGUCCGCAGCAACUUUUGUGGCUUCUUUCAUUAUAGCAUUCGUCAGCCAGUGGAAGCUGACCCUGAUUCUUCUUUGCAUUGCUCCUGCCCUUAUCAUUCUGAUGGGGGUUGUUGCCUCAAUGGAAGCCAAGAUUGAAGGCCAGAUGCUGGACAUCUAUGGAAAGGCAGGUGCAUAUGCCGAGAGCGUCCUGUCCACGGCAAGGACCGUACACGCUUUUGGCCUUCGCCAAAGGCUCGUUGCCCGCUAUGCUACCUAUAUUGCGCAUGCAAGGAGCCUAGGUGACAGAAAGAGUCCCCUUUAUGGCGCCCUUUUCAGCAUCGAGUACUUUGUGGUCUAUGCUGGGAUGGGCCUGGCGUUCUGGCAAGGCGUCAGGAUGUUCGCCAGCGGGGAAGUGGAUUCCCUAGGAACUGUAUUCACCGUACUUCUUUCGGUCAUUGUAGCCGUCCUCAACAUCACCAUCAUCGCUCCAUACACUGUCUCCUUCCAACGAGCCGGGGCUGCCGCCGCUCAGCUGUUCACACUCAUCGACAGACCCUCUCAGAUAAAUCCUUUUCACGAAGGUGGUGAGCGGCCCACUAAAACUCAAGGAGUCAUCGAGAUUAAAAACAUCGGCUUCGAGUAUCCUACGAGGCUAGGUGUGACUGUGCUCGAGGACUUUUCGUUGCACGUCCCAGCUGGGAAAGUGACUGCGCUUGUGGGAGCUAGUGGGUCUGGCAAGUCGACCAUUAUAGGUCUACUUGAAAGGUGGUACAUGCCUCGCUCAGGAACCAUCGAGCUUGAUGGACGAGCAAUCGAGAGCCUCAACCUCAAUUGGCUCCGCACCAACGUACGCCUUGUCCAGCAAGAGCCGGUACUUUUAAACGGAACUGCUUUCGAAAAUAUCGCAAAUGGCCUGGUUGGAACUCCUUGGGAACAUGCAACCCUCGAGGAGCAACAGAAAAAGGUCGAGCAAGCCGCCCAAUUCGCCUUUGCUCAUGAGUUCAUCUCGAAGCUGCCAGAAGGCUACAACACGCGCAUUGGUGAGCGGGGCGGCCUUCUCAGCGGCGGUCAGAAGCAGAGAUUAGCAAUCGCUAGAAGCAUCAUCUCAGAGCCCAGCGUUCUCCUCCUCGAUGAAGCUACCAGUGCUUUGGACCCGCACGCUGAGGACAUUGUCCAAAAGGCGCUCAAUAACGUUUCCAAAGACCGGACUACCAUCGUGAUUGCUCACAAGCUUGCGACCAUCAGGGAAGCCCACAACAUCGUGGUCAUGUCAAAAGGACGUAUUCUCGAGCAAGGGACUCACGACUCGCUCCUGGCUGCUGACGGCGCUUACUCUCGUCUCGUUCACGCACAGAACCUGAACUCUAGUGCAGCCGACACAACUUCGACCUCUGACGAGGAGGAUGAGAUUAAGAUAGAGCAACAAACAGAGAACGAACUCUCUCAGUCGAUCACGCGGUACCCGACCGCCGACAGGCUACGAUUGCACCGUCUCGGUGACCGGGACAACUAUGAGAAUUUCAAGCAGAAUGGCCUUUUUGGGGUAAUAUUCUCAAUGGUGUGGACUACACCGGAGCUGAAUAGGAUCUACGCGGCUAUGAUUCUCCUUUGUCUCGUAGCAAGUGGCGUGUUUCCGGGACAAGCAGUGCUCCUAGGCGGAGUGAUGGACAUUUUCCAACUCCCCUUGGACGAAUUGCGUGGACGCGGAGAUUUUCUAGCCCUUAUGUUCUUUGUGAUGGGCAUAGGAUGUUUCAUCGUCUACUUCUCACUGGGCUGGCUCACCAACAUCGUCGCGCAAACACUGAAUCAGAAGUUCAGGAAGAACAUGCUGGAAUCCAUGCUUCGCCAAGACAUUGAAUUCUUCGACAGGGCCGAGAACACCGUUGGCGCGCUGGCGGGCCGCCUAGAUUCCCACUCUCAAGCCAUCACCGAGUUAAUGGGGUUCAACAUCUCCCUCGUCGUCAUCGCAAUGAUUAGUUCGGGGUUUUCGCCGGAAUUCCGCCCCUACUAA